GUUUCAGACCUCUCACUCUCGGCCAAUACGCCAACAGAUUCUGCCAUAUCACCUUUGACAUCCAGUUCUUUGGAUUGCUUGACACCUGGAGACCCUUGGGGAGGAGGUGGUAGUGGGUGGAGAGCACUGGCAACUGACACCCCUCACAGAGAUUCUGCCUACUUCUCAGACAGUGAUUGGGAAGGAGAGGGUGUGGCUAGGAGGGGUGGAGAGGGAGUUAACCAGUCUCGUCCUAGUAGCAGCAGAAGUGGAGAAAGGGGAAUUCUGAUGGGAAUAGAGGAAAAGGCAGAGACAGAAGAAGAAGGAGAGAUGGAGGCCAAAACAUUGAGAAAGGAAAGCAAGACGAAGAACCAAAUGGAAGAAACAUGGAUUACAAAUGAUCAGAUAGCAUCAGGAACUGAGAAAGAAAAUGUGAGGGCAACACUAGGCCAUUGCACAGAGAAUAAGGAGAUUUCAGUGGUGACAAUGGGAACUGGUAGCGAAACAGAAUUUCCUCUCGCUGGCGGUAGUCAUUCCGUACUCAAGGAAGUUUCCGGUCUUGUGGGGGGAAAUAAUAGUUUGAGAGAAUUAGAUCAAGUUGCAGAGAAGGAAAUGGAGAAGAAGGAAUUCACUGAAAUACUGAGCAAUCAGUGGACAAAGUGCGCAGACUCAAAUUUGAAUGUAUCUGAGCGCCAAGCACCACUCUCAGAAGAUGUACCAAAAGAAGGCAAUGCUGAGUUCAUAGCCAAGUUAUUCUCCACUUUAGACUGUGAACCGCUGAAAGGAUUCCCAUGUAAGGAUGGAAAUACACUGAACUACAGUGCAUUUUCUGAAACUGGUAGUUGUAAUGAUACAGAUGGGAUUGGGAAAGAUAUUUUUCCAAUUUCUCAUGGACAGUCAAAGGAAAUUACAUACCAAGAUCCAGUAGAUAUAGAUAAAGAUUUCAACUCCCUCUCAAAUAGUAGUACAGAGAGAGUGGGGUUUAAAGAAAUCCCAGUUAAUGAAAAACAGCCAGUAACAAAGGAAUAUGAGCUAGGAUCUGAAAAAGAAUUAAUUGAUCCUGAGUCAUGUUUAAAAUUUACAGAUCAGCAAGACAAAGAUCUGACAUCACAAGAAUACCAUACUGUACAUGAUAACAGGGAGAAAGUUGUAGAAUUGUUCUGUAAUCCUGACAACAGAGAAUCUAGACUAUGUAGGUUCUAUAAUGUGACGACCAGUGACACAAGUUCCAAGGAUGAGUUUGAUUCAGUGUUGGAGGCCAACCAUGAAGGAAGUACAGAAACAAUUAAUCUCUCCCACUCUUUCUGGGGAGAGAGGAACACUGAAACCCCUGCCAGAAAAGAGUGUCAUGACCUUGAGCCGAAGAACCAAGAUGCUAAUGAAUUAGGCUUAAGGAAUCUAUGUUAUUCAGAGGAAACUGAUGAUGAGAGAGCCAAAGCAAAAUCUGAGACUGAGAAACAGUUAGCUGCUGGGGAACUCUGUUAUAAAAUUGAGGAGAAUCUAGAGAAUGAAAAACAGGCUGAGGAAAGAGUAGGAGAAACCACAAAUGAGUUCUCAGCAAGAGCGGGUUUCAUGGACAACGUUGACAUGGAGUCGAAAGGAUUGGAGCUGAAGGCUAAGGAAUUGUGGAAUGCCAUGGAGGAAGAUGAAGAAGAAAGAGCGGGAGCUGUGAGUGGAGAGUUGGACUGCUACAGAUUUCAGAAAGGAGACCUCCAUCUGUGGCCGGCAGAAAAUGACCAGUGGGCCUCAGCUGAGACUAGAAACCAAGAGGUGGAACUAGGGGCAGAGUUAUUCUCGGGUUUCAGCAGGGAGUCAUGGGCAAACAAAGAAGAAGCAGUUUUUGGGCAUCGAUUCUGGGGGGCUGAAGAGAAUGAUGAACUUGCAGGAAGUGAGCCUCACCCUUCUGUCCAAGAAAGUGGUAAAGACAGAGCUAAUGAUGAGAGCCAAGGACAGGAAGGCAUCCUUGGUGUGGAUGAAAGCAUUCUACAGUUGCAGUCCAUGCCCACUCAGGCUUCAAGUGUAGUGAAAAACCAGAUUUCCCAUGGAGUCAAGAUACAGCAAGAGGAAAAUCUUGAAAUUCCAGAUCUGGAGACAGAGGAACAAGAAGUUAAAGAGGAAUCUCAGUUUGUGGAGGUUGAGAAUUUGGAAAACCCAGUACAACAGACUCUCAUGUGUAGGAGAAGCGAGGAUGGCCCACUUUGUGACAUAGGCACAGAUUCUGAGGAACAGAGCGGUGAUGACAAAUCACACAACGUGGUAUCUUUGCACAGAGGAGAUUUUGCUGAGGAGAAUCAAAACUUCAACCAAUAUGCAUUUUCAGCAGUGAUAAACAAAGAGUCAGACAUUAUUGGAGAGGAUGCAUGUGUCAGCUGUCCUCAUUCUUGUCACCACAGUGAAAACCAUGAUAUCUCCCAAAUUACACUCUCAGACUUGAAGAGAAACCAUGCAAUAGAUUGUAUGGACAACUGUCAGAUUCUGAGUGCAAGAGAUGCUGCAACUGAAGAGAGAACGAAAGAUAUGUUUUUCAAUUUGGAAGACCAAUCUGUUGAAACAGAGAAUGCAAAUUCAAACAUAGAUUGUGCUGAUAUGGAAAAUCAAGUUCUCGAUGCACAUGAACAUGAACUCUCUGGUGAGACAUUGCGACCUGUGAAUAUCGAAAGUAAACAGCCUAUUGAAAAUUUAGGUGAACAUGUAAAAAGUAAUUUCCCUGGUAUUGGCUCGCUAAAUUCUAUCUGUUUCAGUGACAGCUACAGUGUCCAAGGCGUAGUUUCCGAUCGUGAAUCAGUGAAGGAAGUAAUUUCCAGUGGGCAUCCACAUCACGAACCAAGUAUUACAGAAUCUCAAACCCAACUGCAAGAAAAUAAGUCUAAAAGCCAGAACAGAUUUCCUUCUGAAUGUCAUGACACAGAAAUCAAGGACAUCAGUUAUAUUGGCUUAGAUUCCUCCCACACCACUCCACAGCCAUCGUCUGUGCCUGAAACCCAAGUAAAUAUAUUUUUUGAAAAUAAACAGAUCAAUUCUGCCAGCAGUGAUUCCACUUCACAAAUUGGCAAUGACUUACGAAUGUGUUCUAGUGUUGUUUCAUCCAAUGGUAAAGGAAAGCAGCAAUCCACCAUUUUAGAGGGAAUAGCAGUCUUUGAUUCAGAUAAGCCAUGUUCUGAGAGAGCACACGAUCAUAAAUCUCACGAAGAUUCUGGCCAGAGAGUCGUCCCACAGAGUCUAGACAGUUUGCCAGAGCCUGAAACAUUAUUGAUGGACAUAGUUUUGACAUCAGAGCACAAUCUUGAUGAGGGACUCAACUGCACCAUUUCUGUGUCCCUUGAAGACAGUGGUGCUCCUCCAGAGUCAUGCCAGGAUGUCACUCAGAACAAGGGCACCUCUGUAAAUCUGGAGCAUUCCCCUGUACAGACAGCUCAAUUAUCCCAUCCCACAGAUCAGCAGAAUCUCCACCAGAAUUUUAGUGUGAGCAAAAAUGAAGAAAACACCCUGUCUCAGAAAAUAUCUCUUGCCCAGUGUUCGCUGACCUCUAUCCCCGAGCUGUUGAUAUCUGAGUGGAAGGACUUAGAUGAGGAGCCUCUGGAAGAUUUUGAGAAGUUAGAGCAACUAUGUUGCAUUUCAGGGGACGAGGACACACUUGGCGAUCUGUUCUUGGACAACCUUGAAUUAUUGGAAUCCCUCAAAAAGACUCCAGAGCAAAAAUCCAGAGGCUUGGGUGAGACAGGAGCAGGUAAAGAUAAGUCUUCUACAAGGGACGGGGAGAGGAGAAUGGACGUUGAGGGAGACUCUAAAAGUUACUUGCCUCAAUCAGACAGCACAGAUCAACUCCUGAGAGCCAGUCUGUAUCAACAACCUCAAAGUAAUCAAGAGAUUGUCCCAGGUCCUUCUUCUGUGGUCCAGUCUUCUCUUGGAGAGGAUAAACAUGGAUUAGAAGACCCAUCAUUGACUUCUCCAUGCCACAUGUCUGAAAAAAACAAGGGUCAAAGGUCACUGUCCUCCAAAAUGCCCACUAAAAAUGGCUUAAUGAUGCAGGUGUGUGAGGAGCGAUUGCAGUACUCCCUCAGUGAAAAUGUGAAGAAGAAUGUGUUAUGGGGGGCAACUGUGAGUGAGGCAGUUGUUCUUCAUCCCUGGAGUGGCCUUGUGACAGAGGAAGGAGAGAGACAAAGAGAAAAAGACGGUCAAGGAAGUGAUCACAAAGAGGAGCCCCAGCAAGCAGCCCAGCCAGAAAUACAGGAUGAGCCCUUUGUGGACAUGAGCGACCCUUUUACUCUGGCUAGGCCAGAAGCAGAGAUAACACCCCCUUUAGUGGUUGCAAACCAAGCAAUGAAAGCCAAACUCGCACGCCUCUCCCUCUCCCUGCCUCCCCUUGCACUCUCUCUCCCUCUAUCUCCAAGUCCCCGGGUAGGAUUUUGGGAGGUGGGAGAAAACAGAGAGAGAGGUGGACGAAGAAGAGGAGCAUCUACUGGAAGUGACCCGGACGAAGAGGAAGAUGAAGAGCAAGAAGAAGAUGAAGCUGCUGGGAGAGUGAUUGUUGUCACAGAAACAGAUGUUGACAGGCGUGUGGGGUUGCGGAGUUUAUUAAAAUCACCACGGGAACCAAUGGAAAGGGAGAAAGAGAGAGGAAGAAAUGUGUCUUUCUUUGAUGAUGUGACUGUCUAUCUCUUUGAUCAGGAAACACCAACCAAUGAGCUUAGCUCUGGCUCUGCGCCCUCUAGUCCAUCUCCUGCUCAAGAUGAAACAAAGACUGCCUCAUCCAUAGAGGCAUUAGGAGAAACUGGCACUGUGGAGUCCAAGGAAAGCGAGGAUUUGUCAAUCAACCCAAAAUUGUCAGGGACUAAUCCUGUGACAUCAUCGCGCUUUACUGUAAGCCCUGCCCAUGACCCUCAUUUAGUCUGACAUGCUUUUCUUUUAAUUUCCUGAACUAAACCCCUCAAUGAAAUCCUGAAAAUAUCGCUGAGGUUUAUCCUGCUGUCCGCUGUUCUCAGAGUUUACUUUAAAGUGAAGGAAAGACUCCCAUUCUAGAUGUUUGAGACAUUCCAGGUUUUACCGGCUGCAGGACCUUGAAUUCGAAGCUCCGCCUGGAGCUGGAUAUAUUUGUUUCCCCUUUUUGUCACCUCAUUUGAGGUGUAUCUGCAGACACUGCAUUAACUUACUAUUUUGUGAUAUUGACAUAGAGCCUGUAGCUUAGUAAAAUCUGAAACUGAUUUAACUGCUAUGCAAUGGAAGUCUUAAAGUUCAUCUCUUUUCUCUUUCUUCUGUCUCUGCCUCCCUGUUAUUUACGGGGUUCUCUCUUUCUGACCAUUAUUAUGCCGAUGUGUAAGCUUGAACUGAAGUCAUUACACUGUAAUAUAAUUUUCAUUUGCAGUUGACCAUUAGUGUAUGUCACACAGCUGGGAGAAUGCCCAGGUGAACUAUUUGAAAGUACUCAUUGUAUAAAAAAAAAGAAAAAUGUGAAUCUUUCAUUGUGUAUACAAAAUUAUUUUAGAGUAAUUUAUUUUAGGAUUAUUUGUAGCAUGAAUGAAAAGGUCAAUAUCUGCUAUUUAUUAUUUGUUUUAUAUCUAUUUAUUCAUUUAGUUAUUUCAUGGGGCCAUGUUUAUUUAUUUAUUUAUUUAUUGUGUUUCAUACUGUUAUAUGAUGGUACUACAUAUUUAUUUCAUAAGAAAAUGAUUUGAAAUUUCAUUCAUACAUUCAAUGACAUCCUUUUUGGUUUGUUUGAUCAUUGUUAAAUGAUAAAUAUAUUUUCAAGCUCAUUACAUGAGCCUGUUUAUCUUGCCUGUAGUUCUGUCCAUCCAUCUGUAUUUAUUUGGUUGUCUUUUCAUUUUUGUUAUUUUUUUAUAUUAAUUUUAUUGUUCAGCUUACUUUUGCCUUAUUUGCAUUUUUUUAGGUCAAAUAAAAAUAGCCCAGAACAUAUGAAGAGAUAAGUCAUAAUUCUUAAAGAUGGCCAUAUGAUGAGGAAUCAGUUAAUGUUUAUUUUCUAAUACCUACCAUUCAGCAUCUAUUUAGGUCGAACUAGCUCAUUUGUUUAGUCUGUCUCAGUGUCGAUUUAAACUUGUAUUGUUUAAUGAGGGAGUUUCAUGACAUGCUGUAAAAAAAUGGGGAAAUACAAACAACAUAAGGAAAACUGUGAAACAUUUAUUUCAUUGUUUGAUGAGAAUAAAUUGUACUGUCUUCUA